AAAGUUUGUUGUUGAUUAGGUUAGAAAUAUUUUUAAAAUAAAAAAAUGAAAACUUUAAAGCUAAUGAAACAUUUGAAUUCUUACACAAAACGAUAUUAUUCAACACAAAAUUUAGAUAAAAAAAUUGUAGUUGAAAAAUUGGGAACAAUUACAACAAUAGGUAUAAAUAGGCCAGAAAAACGUAACAGUUUAGACUCACAAACUUUAGUACAAUUAUCAAAUGAAGUAGAAGUAUUCGAAAACGAUAAAUCAGCCUAUGUAGCGGUUUUAUAUGGUAUUGGCGGAAACUUUUGUUCCGGCUACGAUUUGAAUGAAAUUGCAGUUAGCAAAGAAAACGCCGAAUCAUUUUUUAAAACUAUAAGUAAUGUGAACCUUACGCGUCGAUUUAUUAGAAAACCUUUAGUGGCUGCGAUUAGCGGCUAUGCUGUUGGUAGUGGUAUGGAAUUAGCUCUAAUGUGCGAUUUACGUGUUAUGGAAGAUACAGCGGUUUUAGGUUUUUUAAAUCGACGAUUUGGGAUACCGACACUUGAUGGAGGCACAGUACGUUUAAGUUCAAUGGUUGGAUUACCAUAUGCGUUAGAUUUAUUACUAACCGGACGUGGUGUUACUGGGAAAGAAGCUUUAGAGCGUGGAUUAACUACAAGAUUAGUAGCUUGCGGAACAUCAUUGGGUCAAGCAAUUAAUUUAGCCAGUUCCGUAAAUAAAUAUUCACAAUUGAGUUUAAAUACAGAUCGCAAAUCCAUGUAUUAUAGUAUUUUCGAAGCGAAAUCAUUAGACGAUGCUAUGAAUUUUGAAAAAAUAAAUAGUAUUAGUGAUGAUAUUAUAUCAGAAUCAGUGGAUGGUGCCAGAAGAUUUUUAUCUGGUGUUGGAAAACAUGGAAAAUUUUACAAUAUUAUUGAAAAAGAGAAAAAAAUUGAACAUCAAUUUUAA